CAAUUAUGAAAGCUGUACAAGUGUUCUUGGCCAUUUUAUUUGUAGCCUUGGCUGCGGCCGACUUUCAGCCAAUUGAGCCUUACAAGACCUAUCCCAGCUCCUGCAAGGCAGCCAAGGCCAAGAAGGAUGGCAUCUACAAGAUUCAGCUGAAGGGCGGCGAGCCCUUUGAGGUAUAUUGCGAUGCCAAAACAGCUGGAGUUGGUUGGUUGGUCAUACAGCGACGAGUCGAUGCCAACAUAAACUUCUUUAGAAACUGGUCAAGCUAUCAACAGGGCUUUGGUCCAUUGACCAACAGUUUCUUUAUUGGUCUUAACAGACUACACAAUCUGACUGCUGCUGAGCCGCAGGAGCUCUAUGUGCAUUUGGAGGACUUUACUGGCCAGAAGCGUUUCGCCAAAUACUCUGACUUUGCCAUUGGCAACGAGGCUAAUCUCUAUUCGCUGUACAAGCUGGGCAACUUCGCAGGCAGUGCUGGAGAUGCUUUCAGCUAUCAGCGGGGUAUGAAUUUCAGCACCUAUGAUCGUGAUAAUGACAGGAGCAUUCACAAUUGUGCGGCACAGUUCUCCGGUGCCUGGUGGUAUAACAGCUGUAUGUACAGUAAUCUCAAUGGACAGUACUUGGGCGGUGAGUACGGCAGAGAUCUGGAGGGUCGCGGCAUGGCCUGGGUGCAAUGGCUGGGCAUCAACUAUAGCUAUAAGACUGUCCAAAUGAUGAUUCGCCCCAAGAAUUAAAUGUACACAGUCUAGGGAAUUGUUAUAAAACUUGUUCUUAAGCGCUAAGAUUGUUAAAUAUAGAAAUAGAAAG